AUGUCGAGCACAGACAAGAUGUCGAGCAAAGACAAGAUAUCGAGCGCAGACAAGGUGCCAAGCAAAACCGACAAACUCAUAAAAAAGGGCAUGAAAUGGGUCAAGAAAUCGAUUUCCGGAAAUAACAAAGACAGGCCGCACCCUCAGUCUACGGAAUCUGGAGACCCGAAUGACACCGGCCAAGGCGUAUCCCCAUCGAACUCUGCAGUCCAGUCAGCCAACAAUGACUUGGAGUCAUCGAACGAAGCCUCAUUAACCACUGGGUUGGACCAAGAGGAGACACCCCGAGGCCAUACGUCCAACAGACACUCACAAGAGAUCCAAGUCUCUACUCACGCCGCAAGCCCUUCGAUGAAAUCCAGCUCGCACCCCUCAGAUUCAGAAAAAGACGAGGCACCUCUGGUUGCUUCAGAGCAGCCGAAACCCACACCUAUAGAGGUCACCGAAGCUCCGUCGAAUGGUUCGCAGCGUUCAGCGCCUGUUUCCCGGACGAUUUCCGAGAUGCUUUGGGAUGAGGCAUAUGAAACCGUGCAGAAACAUCAUUGGAGAAUAGUGUAUUGGUACGAGAAAAUACUGUCCCGCGACCUGAGUGGAAUUUAUUCAGAGGACAUGGUCAUCCAGGAAGACCCGCAAGCCAGGAGGGCCCAGAUGAAAGAGCUUCUUGAUACCUGGCUUGGUAAGAAGGAAGACGGAGGAAGCAAAGGUGGCAACGAGCCGGAUGAAGAAGAAGAAGCGGAUGGUUCUGGCCAUGGGAGUACCCUCCGAAGUAUCAUCCGAGAUAUGGCUGAGGCUACGCCGAUAGAAGUGGUUCUGGUCUUAACGGGGGCCUGUUAUGCUUCUGAGACACUCCUGCAUCCUGAAUCCACCAACACACAGAGCCGUGAGGCUCUCAUCUACGUCAUCUCACGAAUGGAGUGGUACAGUCGUCUGCCCAAGCUGCUGGAGGAUGCAGACAUAGAUUGGAGCACUGAUGAUUAUGAGGACGACGACAACCAUGACGCCGAGAGCGAUCAUGAUGAUGAGAAGGAAGAGGUGGACAAAAGCCUGGUCAAGCUACCGCUUGAGCGGCUGCUGCAAGCCGCACCAAAAGAGAGAGCGGCAUCCGAACACGAUGACGAUCAGUUUCCAGAAGAUACCAGAGAGCUGCUCAACGAUUUGCAAGUUGUCGACCCUCGGCCAGGUGUGCUGAACCCGGACAGCGAGCAACGCCAAGUCAUGCACGAGCUUUGCAACUCCCUUUUCUCCACGGACGAGUACAAAUUGUUCCAGGACUGGAACAAGCCGGACUAUCAACUAUUGUGGAUCACCGGUGGUGCAGGCCAGUGCAAAACAACGCUUUUCUUGGGUGUCGUACGAGUACUCUUAGGCCAAGAACAUGAGGAAGACAAAACGCAAUGCCUAUCGUUCUUUUUCUUCGACUAUAGUGUCCCGAGUCACGACCAUGCCGCAGCGGCCCUUAAGAACCUCAUUUGGCUCCUGGUUGUUCAACAGCCGUCGCUCGUUCAUCAUUUGAGAGAGAAGCGCGAGACAACUGCGAGAAAACUUUUCGAUGAACCAACCGACUUCUUUGCUCUCUCUGGCAUCUUUUUCGACAUGAUUGAAGAUGAGAAUUUCUCAAAGACGUACUUUGUCGUGGAUGCCCUGGACGAGUGUAUCUCAGAAGAACGGCAAUCUGGCAUCGACGAUAUCUUGAACUUGAUCAUAAGGUCGAUGAAGCUUUCAGAUAAGGUUAGAUGGCUGGUGUCGAGCGACACCUCAUUGCAGCAGCACACGGCGUUCGAUCCACGGAACAACUUAAAUCUUGCGGAUAUGCCUGACUACAGAAAAGCCAUGGACAUGCGCAUCUGCCAGAGGGUAUCCAAAUUGGCAGUCACCAAGUCCUAUGAUGAGGACCUCAAAUCCAGUAUCACCAACACAUUGCUUACGAAGUCUCUCGGCGGCUACUUGUGGGCUAACAUCGUCUGUGCUGCCCUGGAAGCCGAAGAUGUGUGGCAUACAGAGGGACUAAUCAAAGACAUCGAGACGCUCGAAGACUUAGAGUCUUUAUAUCACUAUAUGGAACACAAAGUCGGAGAUCCUCCCAAGAACUCUAAGUUCUGCAUUGACGUCUUGCAAACUAUGGCUUUACUUCGCCAAGCCCUGCACGUCGAUGAGUUGAAGACUCUGAUGUCUCUUCCGCAGAGGGUGGACUCAACGGCUAUUAUUAACAAGUGCUUUGCCUUUCUCCAGGUUAACAGAUCAGUCGCCUCAUUCCGGCAUCACUCAGUCAAAGAGUACGUGCGCCAGCACGAUUUAGAGUGGCCCUCCAUUGCGAAACGGCACGCGGAGCUGACUCGCCAGUGUCUCCGCUCUCUCUCAGACAAGCUGGAUAGUACGGGAAUUCCGGACACAUGGACCUACGCCUCACUGUAUUGGGUAACGCAUAUGUGUGAGACAGUCAAAGCUCUGGAGGGAUGGGCUACCAAGCAGGAUGAAGAGCAUUGGCUGAUCGACGAAGUCCGAAAGUUUCUGAAGAAACAUUUCUUACAGUGGGUCGAUCAUCUGGUAGCGAGGAAGCAAUUGUCGAUUGUGGCAGUCAAACUGCAAAAUCUAGACCUGCGUCUCCAGAAGAAGCUUCCAUACUGGGAAUCGCUACAUACUAUUAUCAGAGACUCCCACCUCUUCGUCCGCUUGCACCAACGUACAAGCGGUCUUGAAGGUCUCGCGGCAUCCAACACCAUCUUGUUCUGUCCGACAGAGAGCAGCUUCCGAGAACCCUCGUUGAUAAAAAAUGCCUUCCCUUGGUUGAAGAACCCACCCAAAAUUGACCGAGAAUGGAGCCAUAACUUCACCACGUUCGAGGGCCACACAGAUUGGAUCCGCUCCAUUGCCGUCUCCCCCGACGGGCGUCUUGUUGCAUCAGGCUCUGAUGAUUCAACGGUGUGCAUUUGGGAUGCCGAGACUGGAACGAUGCAGCACAGCCUCGAGCUUGAGGCGGGAUGGGUGUAUUGCGUUGCCUUCUCGUCGCAAGGAGUCGUGGCCGCCGGGUCAGAUGACUAUUCGGUCACAUUGUGGCAUGCCGCCACAGGUAGGAAACUUAAGCACCUACCAGACCUCGGAGGCACACUGAACGCGCUGUGCUUCUCCCUGGAUGGUACGAAGUUAGUGGCCGCGAGUUCGUUGGCAGUCUGGUUGUGGGAGGCGCAGCCCGAUGACUUUGAUGAAUGGGCCUUCAAGCUGGCAUUCCGGGAGGACGAUAGCGUACGGUCUGUUGCGUUCUCGCCUGAUGGGACAAAGCUGGCUACCGGGGCAGAUGGUGGGAAGAUUCGUGUUUCGGACAUGGCAACCUGCAAAUUGCUGAGGACUUUCGAGGGUCACGAAUCAUCUGUCGAUGCCGUUGCUUUCUCCAGAGAUGGAAAACUCCUAGCGUCAGGAGCCAGUGACGGAACUGCCGGCAUCUGGGAUGCAAAUAGUACGACCUCCAACAGAGAAAUAGAUGGGGAAGAAACCUGGGGUAAAGAGCGACGGAAGCACACACUCAACCCGACAGUCGGCAGAGUCAACUCAAUUUCCUUCUCGCCCGACGAUGAGGGAACAUUGCUCGCGACCGCAACUGAUAAUGCCAUCCAUAUCUGGGACACUAUUACCGGGGAAAGACUUCAAGUCUUACAAUCACCAUCCUCCAAUGUGCGCUCAGUUGCCUUCGCGCCCAGUGGCGAAUACCUCGUCUCUGGAUCCUACGAUUCUGGCGUGCACCUUUGGUACGUCACUGGUAGAUCAACCGAAGCAGCAGCUAUCGACCAGCUGCCGAAAGAGGACAAUGGAGAAAGGAGACAUAGGGAAGACGAAGUGAACGAAAUGGCGGUGAGCCCUGACGGUCGUACGGUCGCAUACGCAAUGUUGGGCGGGCCAGUACUCCUCUGGGACAUGGAGAAAGAAGAAAAGGUCCCAUACAACAUGGGUUUCGAUCACGAACGUGACGUGUUUUCGCUCGCAUUCUCACCAAGCGGCAAGCUCCUCCUGUCUGGCUCCGCUGACAACAGCGCACGCAUCUGCGAGGUCUCAACUGGUGAGCUCCAGCAUGUAUUCGAAGGUCACAGUGAUUGGGUCCGGUGCGCUGCCUGGUGCGGUAGCGAGAAAUACAUUGCUUCCGCAUCUGACGAUAGCUCCAUCUGCUUUUGGAAGAUUGGUGGAGAAAAAUCUAAGAAACCAGAACAGGUGCUGGAAAACGCGCACGGGGGUAGUUAUGCUACGUGUGUUGCUUUUUGCCCUGAUGGUGAGUAUCUUGUUUCUGGGGGAAUGGAUGGAAGGGUUGUUUUGUGGGAAAAGAAUGAUAAUGGGAGCUGGGAGAAGAAGAGCGAAUACUCGACUGGCAGUGUUCGCAGUGUGUUGGUGACGGGAAAGCGAGUUGUGUCGGCCUCGGCCGACGAGACCGUGUGGAUUUGGGACAUCGAGACAGGGGAGCAGACACGACUGCCUUUCAACUCGGUCUACUACAAGAUGUGGCUUUCACCAAAGCCAGAUGAGUAUAUCAUGACAUCACAAGGCGCGCUCUCCCUCACGCCUGCCUCUGGAGCCUCGCAGCCUCGCACCUGGAGUCCAUGGAGAGUUAAGCUCGACACGGCUAAGGAUCAAUGGUGGAUUACACACGAAGACUGGAACAUUAUUUUUCUCCCAAGGAAGUUCUGCCCUACUUCGACCCUUGUCCUCGAAGGUGAGGCUGAAGACAAGGUGGUCGUGGGCACGGCCUUAGGGCACAUCCAUGUGUAUCGGUUCUCGAAGGAUUGCACCCCAUAG